AUGAAUAGUAGUGUAACUAAUAAAGAAUUCAUAAAAUUACUAAUAAGUGAUAUUGCAGCUGAUAAAUUAUUGGAUAAUUCUGCAUCAUUACUUAAAGAUAUGAAAUAUAAAAAAAAAGUAUAUAUAUUGGUGUCAGGGGAAAAAAAGUAUUUCCCUGGAACAUGUUAUAGGGUUACAACCAUAGAGGGAACUGAAGAAUCUAUAUAUGAAACAGUAAAAUUGUUGAGCAAUAUUUUAUUUUUAAAUAAUAAAAAGAAUAUGUUUAAUUUAAAAAUUGCAAUUCCUAGAAAUAUUGUUGGAAGUAUUAUUGGUAUAAAAGGAAAAUUUAUACGAAGUUUAAGAGUUUCUACAAAUACUCAUAUUAAUAUAUCUCCUAUAUUUGUUACUUCUGAUAAGGCAUGUAAUGAAAGAAUAAUUACAAUAUUAUCUGAAGAUAUAGAUAAGAUAUAUAAUGUAUUUUUGAUAUUACUAAGGAAAAUUAAUGAGUUUCCUAAUAAAUCAUGUAGAGGGAUAUUGUAUAGAAGAAAUAAUUUGGAUAUAAAGAAUUUGGAAAGUAAUGAAGAAAUAAGUAAUAACAUACAUAAUAAAAGUAUUGACCAAAGUGAAAAUGAUUCUAUUUAUGAUAUUAAUUUUGGUAAAGAUAAUAGAAAUAAACAAAAAGUACUAUUAAAUAAAUUUAAUAAAGAAUUUUAUGUUAUUAAUGAAAAUAGUAGAUGGAGAAAUAAAAUUGGUGAAAAUAAUAUAGAAGAUGAUAUUUUUGAUGAUAUACCUACACAAGAUUUAAUUAUUGAUGAUACUACAAAGAUUAAAUCUAUAUGGAGCUUAAUAGGCUAUAGAAGAAAAGAUAUCUCAACUGUAUUGUCAAUAUUAUCAACAGUUGCAGCUGCAACAGGCUUUUUACUUUUCAGAUAUCUAUUUAAUCAAGAAAAUUACUUAAUAAAGUAA